CAGCCCCAGCACCAGCCAUGAGCACCGCCAGCUACGAGUCGUACUUCCACCGAAGGCGCUAUGGGGACAGCGCGGGGCCCCGGAGCUAUGGAGCUGUCCAGCACUUCAGGAGCAACUUCGGGGGCAACGUGAAAGCGGUGUACGGCGCUUACUCCGGCCCGGCCUUGGCCGCCAGGAAGGCGCACAGCGUCUCGUCCGCCCUGGACACUUUCGACCUGAGCCAGGCGAGCGCGGUGAGCAGCGAGUUCAAGGCGGUGCGGACCCAGGAGAAGGCGCAGCUGCAGGAGCUGAACGACCGCUUCGCCAGCUUCAUCGAGAGGGUGCACGAACUGGAGCAGCAGAACAAGGUGCUGGAGGCCGAGCUCUCGCUGCUCCGCCAGAAGCAAGGGGGUCCCUCCCGCCUCAAGGGCAUCUACGAGCAGGAGCUGCGGGAGCUGAGGCUGGCGCUGGAGGACGCGCGGCAGGAGAGGCAGGCGGCGCAGAGCGACCGGGAGCACCUGGAGGCCAGCCUGAAGAACCUGCAGGCUCGCUACGAGGAGGAGCUGCUGAGCCGGGAGGAGGCGGAGGGCCGCCUGAUGGAGGCCAGGAAGGGCUCGGACGAGGCGGCGCUGGCCAGGGCCGAGGUGGACAAGAGGAUCGAGAGCCUGAUGGACGAGAUCGCCUUCCUGAAGAAGAUCCACGAGGAGGAGAUCGCCGAGCUGCAGGCUCAGGUGCAGUACGCCCAGGUCUCAGUGGAGGUGGACCUGGGCAAGCCGGACCUCUCCUCCGCGCUGAGGGAGAUCCGCUGCCAGUACGAGAAGGUGGCCGCCAAGAACAUGCAGUCGGCCGAAGACUGGUACAAGAGCCGCUUCGCCGUGCUGGCAGAGAACGCCUCCAAGGACAGCGACGCGACCAGGCAAGCCCGGGACGAGGUGAUCGAGUACAGGCGACAGGUCAAAGCCAAGACCCUGGAGAUCGACGGCGUCCGGGGAAUGAACGAUGCCCUGGAGAGGCAGCUCCUGGAACUGGACGAGAAACAGGGAGGCGAGAUCAGUGCCCUCCAGGAUGCCAUCAGCCAGCUGGAGAAUGAGCUCAGGACCACCAAGAAUGAGAUGGGCCGCUACCUGAAAGAGUACCAGGAUCUGCUGAAUGUGAAGAUGGCCCUGGACAUUGAGAUCGCGGCGUACAGGAAACUGCUGGAGGGAGAGGAAACACGCAUCACCUACACCAACGUGGGCAGCAUGAUCAGCGGCUACUCUCAGACUGCUGCCGCCCCGGUGUACAGCCGCUCCAGCUACUCCCUGCAGAGUAGCGCCUACGGCCUGUCCAGCAGAGCCGGCCUGUACAGCUCCUAUCCCAGCAGCAGCCAGGUGGAGGAGGAACUGGUCCAGCAGACUCGCUCAAUGGCCGCGCAGUUCCAACCUCCAGCAGACAAGGCGGAAGACAUGGAAGGUGAAGAGGGGGAAGGAGGAGAAGAAAAUGGUGAAGAGGCAGAAGCAAAGGAGAACGGAGAGGAAGAGGAGGAAAAGGAAGAUGGAGAGGAGGCAGACGAGGAAAAGGAAGAUGAGGAGGAGAGCGAGGAAGGAGGUGAGGCUGAAGGAGAGAAGAAAGAAGAGGAAGAAGAAGAGAGUGAGAAACAGGAAGAGAGUGAAGAAAAAGGAAAUGAUGCUGAUAAACAGAGUGCAGGAAAGAAGUAGACAGGCCAAAAAAAGGGUCAGCAAGGUCAAAAAGUGGGUAAACUAACUCCAGCCAUCCAAUCAAAUCUGAGCCAAAGAUACGAUACAAAGAUGAUCCAAUGAAAGUCUAUGCUUUAUGUGUUAAGAUUGACUCCUUAAAUAAUUUAAGAAAAAAAAACAAAGAAAUGCUUGUGCAGAUUGCAAACUUAAUGAUGUGUAAGCAUGGUUAACUUUUGAGGAAUGCAAGCCAUGUGAUGUCCAGAAAUUCUAAAGUACCUGGUUAUAUUAUUGUAUCAUUACGCAGUCAUUGUAAAACAAGGAUCAAUGUGCAAUUAUCUAGAAAAGUAAUGCAGGACAAUAUGAUACAAGUUUGUCACAGGGUCAAUCACAAUGGAUGGUGCAAUCAACAAUAAAUACAACUCUCAGCAAA